AAGGGACCAGUGACGUCAUGACGUACGCAUAUACGUCUUUACGUCACUGUCCCACAAUACACCGCGGUUCUCCACAUUUGGAUUCUGAGCUGUUUGUGUCAAAUCCAAGAAUGGCACUGCAUCGGUUAUUCCAGUUGUCCUCCCUGCUGCGCUCCGCCGUGAGCCUGACCCUGCGGAGGAACAUCGGCCUGUCUGCGGUGGUGUUCAACAAGGCCAAAGACCUCGACCCCGUCCAGAAGCUGUUCCUGGACAAGAUCCGGGACUACAACACCAAGAGCAAGUCAUCAGGUGGCGUUGUUGAUGCUGGACCUGCGUACCAGAAGAACCUGACUGAGGAGGUGACCAAGCUGCAGAGGCUAUACGGUGGUGGUGACUUGACCAAGUUCCCGGAUUUCAAAUUUGCAGACCCCAAGCUGGAUGAAGUGCCCAAGUGAAUGCUGUCCAUGUUGUAAAUCUCUACAUGUCACAAAUAAGUUGUAUUUAAUAAAAAAGAUAAUAGGUUGAA